AUGGCGGCAGGGUCCACUACGCUGCACGCAGUGGAGAAGCUGCAGGUGCGUCUGGCCACUAAGACGGACCCGAAAAAGCUAGAGAAAUAUUUGCAGAAACUCUCCGCCUUGCCCAUGACGGCAGACAUCCUGGCGGAGACUGGAAUCAGAAAGACGGUGAAGCGCCUGCGGAAGCACCAGCACGUGGGCGACUUUGCCAGAGACUUAGCGGCCCGGUGGAAGAAGCUGGUGCUUGUGGACCCAAACACCGGGCCUGAUGCACAGGACCCCGAGGAGAGCGCUUCCCGGAAGCACUUCGGGGAGGCUCUUCAGGACCAGGAAAAGGCCUGCGGCUUCCCAGAGAACGGGACGGCCCCCCGGAGCCCACCGGACAGUCCUGAGCACAGACGGACAGCACACAGAACACCUCUGGCGCUCCAGAGACCUCACUGAAGGUCUCCCAGUCGCGAGCCCAGAGCCCAGAGAAAGCGCCCCAGAAGGGCCCCAGCUGAUU